CCGAUUGAUCUUGUCUCGUACCUGCAUGUGGCACCGUCGAGAAUUCUGAUGCAAUAGACGUCAGAAAAUAAUUUUUACCGUGCACGGAAAACCGUGAGAAAUAUAUUAACUGUCAAAUUAUAUCGUAUAGAAAAGUGUUUAGUUGUGCACCAACAUGACUGAGGAAGAUUCGAUCUUUGAUCCCACUUUGAAAAUAAAGAAGAAGAAAAAGAAGAAGACAACCUUUGACUUAGAUGCAGCCAUGGGUGAGGGUGGCAGUGGUGGCGAAACCACUGAGGGUGCUGGAGACAAGGAAAACCAAGAGCCUGAAUCAACAGCAAUGGAUGAUGAUGAGACUUUGGACCUAGAAAAUUUUGGUAUCAAAAAGAAAAAAAAGAAACCCAAGACGAAGACAUUCAAUCUCGAUGAACUGGAUGUUGCAUUACCAGAUGGCAAAAAAGAAGAUGGUGAAGAACCUAUCGGAGAGGAUGGUCCAGUGGAGGAGUACAUUAAGCUGGACAUGGAUUUCUCAGCAAAGAAAAAGAAGAAGAGUAAAAAGAAGAAGGAAUUCGAUGACUUGGUAGCAGAUGAGAAGAAAAGGGAGAUGGAGGACAAUCAAAGUGGCUUUACUGAAUCUGAGCGAAGUGCAGAAACUGUUGAGGAUACAACUACGUGGGUUGGAUCGGACAGAGACUACACAUACGAGGAGCUUUUAAUCAGAGUGUUUGACAUCAUGAGAGAAAAGAACCCUGACAUGGUCGCUGGGAAGAAACAGAAGUUUGUCAUGAGGCCUCCACAAGUCGUGCGAAUCGGCACUAAGAAAACAUCAUUUGCCAACUUUACUGAGAUUUGUAAAACGCUGCAUAGGCAGCCUAAGCAUUUAUUGGACUUUUUACUGGCUGAACUGGGAACCAGCGGGUCUGUUGACGGAAACAGCCAGCUCAUCAUUAAGGGACGCUUUCAGCAAAAGCAGAUAGAAAAUGUCUUGAGGAGAUACAUAAAAGAAUAUGUCACGUGUCAUACGUGUCGCUCGCCUGACACCAUAUUGCAGAAGGAUACUCGUCUGUUUUUCCUUCAAUGUGAAACUUGUGGAUCAAGAUGCUCCGUGGCUAGCAUCAAAUCUGGUUUCCAGGCUGUUACCGGAAAGCGUGCUGCGAUCAGAGCAAAGACUGCUUAGACCCAUUGAAAGUGAGAAUGAGCGCACCGAACCAUAUGAACACAAAAUUAUCACGUACGUUAUUAUUUUGAUUAAAACUUUCAAUCAACCCUGGAAAAGUUGCUAUCGAAUCGUUCCAUUGUUUUUAAUCAUGCGAUGGUUAUACUGCAGCGUACAAAAUGUAAAGAGUGUAUGUUGUGUCACCUUGUAAAUAGCCUUACUACAAUAAUAACGAAUAACGGAUAAUCAAGGUUUUAAACAAAAUACUACAAACUGCAGUUGAUAAACUAUAGCCUAGGUAAACAUAUUACAUACUAUAAAAAAUUAAUUUUGAAGCAUUGCAACACAGAAUAGGAUGGAUUAAUUUAAAAUCACGGAAUGAUUUUCGUUUAUUAGGUAAUGUACACGUCUGUAUUUGCUAGCCAAUAAAUUCAUCUCGAAGUCA